GAACCGCGGGGUCGCGGAAGCGAUGGGCGUCGCUGUGACUUAUUUUCAGCACUGUCGCCCAGGCAGUGGCGCGAUCUCAGCUCACUGCAGGCCCCGCCCGCCGGGCUCCCAAGGUGCUGGGAUUACAGCAGCACCGCGGAUGUGACGUUUGUUUGUUGUUCCUGUGAACGUGGGGCGGGGCGGGGCGGGGCCGUUUGCUUGCUCAGCGCCAAGACGAUGGUGGUGGAAAGACGCUGCCAUGCGUUAGGUCCUAACGGUUAGGAAGGAUUCACAGGCGGGUCAUGAGGGAGGAGUAGGCCCCUCGGGCAGAAGCCCGCGAGGAGCCCUGGGUGUGGAGGGGGCAAGGGUGCCUCCUCUGUCAAGUGGAGAUCGGCGCCUCGCUAGUGCCUGCGAGUGCGCGCCGCGUCGAAUACAGGUGUGCAGAAAGCACUACAGGAAAGUGAAGCAGGGAAAGAGACUGGGAGGCGGCACGGGGAGUGGGGGCCGUAGACGCUUUUGCUCCCGGGCACUUGUUACAAGAGCGAGUGGACCGCGCUUCCUGUGCGUCACUGAAUCCUCCUGAUGGCCACUGAAACGGACACGCAGGAUCUUUGCUUUUCAAGAGGGAACUGAGUCCAGGCCAGACUGGGUUGCUCCCCUUUCUCUCGGCCCCUCACGGCCCUUCCACCUUUGCAAGUGCUGCUCCUUCUGCCUGGAGUGGCUCCUCCAGUCUUUUCCCGGCUCGCUUCCCAUCCUCCAGUGUUAGCAAAAACAGCACUUCCUCACAGCCCUUGCAGCCCAGCGGUCACCUUUUGCUUCUUUUGAAGCACAGCCCUGUGACCGCCUCAUGUCCUUUUGUUUUUCCUUGUCUGCCUUCCCCUCUGGAACAUAAGCUCCACAAAGGCAGGGACCUGGGAGUCCCGUUCGCCUGCAUUCCCCAGCAAACGCCUAACGAACCCAAUGGCCCGGGACUGAAAAGUCCUUUCCACUUCGGCUUUCCCCUCUACAUCCCAUCGGUUCUGUGGAGCUCGAGGGGCGUCACUGUGUGUGUGGCAGGGCGCGGUGGGGGCUGAGAUCCUUUCCUGUUGGAAAUUCCGGCCCAAGAAGCCCCGGUCACAAGGAGGGGGGUCAGUUCGGUUCAGGGCGACUCGGCCCGACUCGGGUCUUAAAACCUCCGAGCCGCCAGUGCUGCCUCAGGCCGCGCCCCCUUGAAGCGCCACCAGACGCCGCGUCCCGUCCCGGCGUCCUCCGCGCGCUGGCGCGGGGCUUUCUGGGCCAGGGCGGGGCCGGCGAACUGCGGCCCGGAAAGGUUGAGGAAGGGCCCGUCCCGCCUUCCCCGCGCCGGGUUCCGUGGGCGCCAUGGAGCCCCGGGCGGUUGCAGAAGCCGUGGAGACGGGGAAGGAGGAUGUGAUUAUGGAAGCUCUGCGGUCGUACAACCAGGAGCACUCCCAGAGCUUCACGUUUGAUGAUGCUCAACAGGAGGACCGGAAGAGGCUGGCGGAGCUGCUGGUCUCCGUCCUGGAACAGGGCUUGCCACCCUCCCACCGUGUCACCUGGCUGCAGAGUGUCCGAAUCCUGUCCCGGGACCGCAACUGCUUGGACCCGUUCACCAGCCGCCAGAGCCUGCAGGCACUGGCCUGCUAUGCUGACAUCUCUGGCUCUGAGGGGUCCGUCCCAGACUCCCCCGACAUGGAUGUUGUACUGGAGUCCCUCAAGUGCCUGUGCAACCUCGUGCUCAGCAGCCCUGUGGCACAGAUGCUGGCAGCAGAGGCCCGCCUAGUGGUGAAGCUCACAGAGCGUGUGGGGCUGUACCGUGAGAGGAGCUUCCCCCACGAUGUCCAGUUCUUUGACUUGAGGCUCCUCUUCCUGCUAACGGCACUCCGCACCGAUGUGCGCCAGCAGCUGUUUCAGGAGCUGAAAGGAGUGCAUCUGCUGACUGACACACUGGAGCUGACGCUGGGGGUGACUCCUGAAGGGAACCCACCCAAGCUCCUUCCUUCCCAAGAGACUGAGCGGGCCAUGGAGAUCCUCAAAGUGCUCUUCAACAUCACCCUCGACUCCAUCAAGGGGGAGGUGGACGAGGAAGACGCUGCUCUUUACCGACACCUGGGGACCCUUCUCCGGCACUGUGUGAUGAUUGCUACUGCUGGAGACCGCACAGAGGAGUUCCAUGGCCACGCAGUGAACCUCCUGGGGAACUUGCCUCUCAAGUGUCUGGAUGUUCUCCUCACCCUGGAGCCACACGGAGACUCCGUGGAGUUCAUGGGAGUGAAUAUGGAUGUGAUUCGUGCCCUCCUCAUCUUCCUAGAGAAGCGUUUGCACCAGACACACAGGCUGAAGGAGAGCGUAGCUCCCGUGCUGAGCGUGCUGACCGAAUGUGCCCGGAUGCACCGCCCAGCCAGGAAGUUCCUGAAGGCCCAGGUGCUGCCCCCUCUGCGGGAUGUGAGGACACGGCCUGAGGUUGGGGAGAUGCUGCGAAACAAGCUUGUCCGCCUCAUGACACACCUGGACACAGAUGUGAAGAGAGUGGCCGCCGAGUUCUUGUUUGUCCUGUGCUCUGAGAGUGUGCCCCGAUUCAUCAAGUACACGGGCUAUGGGAAUGCUGCUGGCCUUCUGGCUGCCAGGGGCCUCAUGGCGGGAGGCCGGCCUGAGGGCCAAUACUCGGAGGAUGAGGACACAGACACAGACGAGUACAAGGAAGCCAAGGCCAGCAUAAACCCGGUGACCGGGAGGGUGGAGGAGAAGCCGCCUAACCCUAUGGAGGGCAUGACGGAGGAGCAGAAGGAGCACGAGGCCAUGAAGCUGGUGACCAUGUUUGACAAGCUCUCCAGGAACAGAGUCAUCCAGCCAAUGGGGAUGAGUCCCCGGGGUCAUCUCACGUCCCUGCAGGAUGCCAUGUGUGAGACUAUGGAGCAGCAGCUCUCCUCAGAGCCUGACUCGGACCCUGACUGAGGAUGGCAGCUCUUCUGCUCUCCCAUCAGAACUGGUGCUGCUUCCAGAGACUUCCUUGGGGUUGCAACCUGGGGAAGCCACAUCCCACUGGCUCCACGCUCCUCUCUCCAUCUUAGAAACCCCUUCUCUUUACUCCCAAGGUUCUGUUCAUGAUUUGCCUCUGGUCCAGUUUCUUAUCUCUGGACUGCAGUGGUCUUCUUGUGCUAGAACUCAGGGCUCAGCCUUGAAUUCCACAGACAAAGUACUUUCUUUUGUCUGUGCCAAGAGGAAUGUGUUCAGAAGCUGCUGCCUGAGGGCAGGGCCUACCUGGACACACAGAAGAGCAUAUGGGAGGGCAGGGGGUUGGGUGUGGGUGUGCACAAAGCAAGCACAUCUGGGAUGGGCACGCUGGCAGAGCCAGUGUGUUGGGGCAUGUGCUGCACUUCCCAGGGAGAAAGAACCUGUCAGAACUUUCUAUACGAGUAUGUCAGGACACACACUUCCAAGGUAUGUAUGCUUUGUUGUUUCUGUCCUGUCUUCACCGAGCGCAGGGCUGGAGGCCUCUUAGACAUUCUCCUUGGUCCUCGUUCACCUGCCCACUGUAGUACCCACAGUGCCCAAGUUCUUACUGGUUUUGGCAAUUAAACCUCCUUCCUACUGGUUUAGACUGCACUUACAAGAAGGAAAAUGCCCCUCGUGCGACCAUAGAUUGAGAUUUAUACCACAUACCACACAUAGCCACAGAAACGUCAUCUUGAAAUAAAGUGUUUUGG